UCAUGAGAGAACGGCCCUUUUUUACCCUAACGCCGUAAGCUCGUUCCAAUUGGUGAAAAUUCCCCGAAAAAAAAAAAAAAACAAGUAGCACCGCUGUCGAAAAGCAACAUAAAAUUUACAAAAGAAAACUUGGUCAUAAAAAAAGGGUAAAAUGUAAGAGACAAAAAAAUACGGAGCAAACAGAAUAAUUACCAAACCGCUCACUUGGGAACCUCCUGAGACUUGUAAGUCUUAUCGGGGCUGAAGUUCUGGCCGUUCUUGAGCUCCGUGUCAGAGUAAGCGGGCCAGACGAUGCGAUUGUUCUUCUGGUCAACGACCGAGAGAGUGGUGAAGCCCUUGUCGGCGCCGAAGAAGUCGCUCCACUGAGCGCCGAUGUUGUACUCGUUGCCGUUGUCAUUGCACUUGUGGUUCGAGAUGGAUGCGCGCAGGGUGUCAAUCUUGUACUCGCACUUGCUCGAGGACUUGCCGGGUUGUUCAAUCUCAAACUUGAUCGUGCAGUCCUUGUCCUUUGAUUCGUCGUUUCCGUUGCCACCGCUGGUGCAUUUGCGGUUGAAGUUUUUGAUCUUCCAAUCGCCUUGGUCGUUGUUCUUCUUGUUCUUAUCCUCAUCCUCCUUCUUUUUGCGCUCCUCCUCCUCCUUCUUCUUGCGCUCUUCCUCCUUCUUCUUGCGCUCCUCAUCCUUCUUCUUCCUGUCCUCCUCCUCUUUCUUCUUGCGCUCUUCAUCCUUCUUCUUCCUGUCCUCGGUGCUCUCGCCGGAGGAACCGUUCCUAAGGGGGCGGCGACUCCAGUUGAAGCCCCAGUCGUAGGGUUCGGAUCCGGCGCCGUCCCACUUGAGCACCUCCUCGUACUUGUAGGGCUUCACCGUGGUCUUCUUGUGGUCGGACUUCUUGAACUUGUCCUUGCCGGGCUCGUCCUUGCCGAACAAACCAUUGUAGACCGAUUCCCCAUUAAACUCAUUAAAACCUUUGAACAAGUCGCUAGGGGGAAUGAACGGCUUAGGCGUCGGGGCGGCUGCAGCGGUGGUGGCCAGGCAGACCAGGGCGGCGGCUGUUGUGCACUUCAUUUUGAAACUGUUUGUGUGAGUAGUAAGAAAAGGAGUUACGGAGCUUUUUGUUUGUUUGUCAGUCUUCCUAUAGUUGUGAGUGAAUAACUUGGGAAAGCUAUAAAGUUCGUCUUUAGUCGGAUAUCAACAAGAAUGGCUAUGGCUUGGGUGUUAGUUAAGUCGGGUUGUGUGGGUAAGGUCGGUCGGGUCGUUAUACUGUCUGUGAAGACCAAUAGGUAGACUCAAGUAAAAUAGACAAAGAGAACUGUCAAGCUAAUUCAGGAGAGAGACAAAUGUGAUGAAAUGGGAAAGAGAAGAGAUGAUGUGAGUAUGAUGAUGGUGAUAAUGGUGUCAGAACGCAACGACACAGAGAGCACUCGCUCAGUUAUUUGUAAAAUCUCCAUGGCCAUACAUUCUUUGCACAAGCCUCACUGCCUCACCAACAAACAUGCCGCGGCGUCAGGAACGGCAACCCGAUGCGCUUCCCUGGAGCCUGCAUUCUGACACCGCGGCCGACGAGAGUACAUACUGCUUGCCGACAUUUAGUGUGUUGGAACCCUGUCCUUACUGCGUUGAAGGAGCGCCGAGUACUGUAUCGCGGCCAGAAAAGGUGUAGGCGUCUUGGCAAGAUCCAAAAGAAGAUUUGAUCGGUGGCUAAGCAGCUUGUGGACAGGACAACGGUUCUGGCGCGAAGUAGAGGGAGCUUGCUGACGCGACCGAAGAGACUGUGGUCCGCCUAAGCACAGCCAGUAAGACCAAGGGUUGGGUGAUUUUUCAGUGUGGGUGGCCCAGUAAUCACUGCAGUCAUCAUCUUUGUCUUAAUAUUCUUCCCCCCCGCGUCCAACCCAUUCAAAGGAUUUGUACGUUACAAUACUGAUCUUGCAAUUCAUUCCAAUUGAAAUGCAUGGAAGAUAGAGUCACUUUACCUAAGGUGUACAUUUCGUUGAUGGUUUCUUUUUCAAACGGACAAAAAAAAAAGGCUUCGAGCACAAACAGCCUCUGCACCCAGGAGACCUUCAACAGCAAAAUUGGAAACUUAUCCCACCAACUACGCAAAAGCCUCGAGGCUGUUGCCUCCACAGAUGAAAAAGGGAGAUUAUCUGGUUUGUUACGUGCCCAAGGUUGGAAAACUGUUGUCGUUCUCGAGGGUUUCCGUGAGUUGAUCAUGAAGCCCAUCGGUAAAAGGAAAUCAGCACAGGAGAGAAGGAAGUUGCAUGGCGCAAGUGAACAAACCAGACUCCAUUCAACCAGAACCGGUUUAAUCCCGGAGACUCGUGCGACUUUGUAAGCCCGUUAUCGCCAGUUCUGGACAAAUUGAUGCAUCUGAUUAUUAGUGCCUUCGAUUCUACCUACCUACCUACUGUAAUCAUACAAAAGUGCUCUCUGUCUGCCCUUCGUACCGCCAUUCGUCCUAGAAUGCGGCAACGUUAUCGAGGCCACCCCGCCAACUUCGUGCCUGCACACGAGCACAUCGUCGACAGUAACAGUUGGCCAUGUCUCGAUUCACACUCAACAACUAACUGGCAUUCGCCCAGCCCAAACCACCCGAAACACCACAAUGAUCUAUUAGACGAGGCGAUCCUGCAGCCGCCGUCCCCGACCUCCUGGCAGUGUUCCUCGUCAGUUCCCACAUCAGCAGAAGACGCUUCCGGUCUUGCUAGCCUGAUCCACGACGUGCACUACCAGUCGACGGGAGUUGGCGGCUUGACCUUGGACGACAUUGUUGCCCAGUCCCUCUCACUCGACCCUGCUACCUCUUUUGAAUUCCACCAGUUCAACCAAGACGCCGACAAUCACACUCAUCUGCAACAGUCUUCAAUCACCACAGCAGUUGACACCUCCAUCCUGGACCCUUCCUUUUGGGACCCGACACUCAUCCUGGACCCGUCUAUCGCUUCUGAAAUCCCACUCUUCCCUACCCUUGAACACUCAUCUUCUGUGAGCCCUGUCGACUCCUUCUUGACUCUGGACACGCCGUCGCUUGCUUCUAGCGUCUCCUCUCUUAGUCCGAAGGAGUUUGCUAGCAGCGAGUUUGGUGACGCCCUAGUUCCUAACAAGGGUCACCAUGCUCGUGAGAACAAUAAGUCUGCUGGCGGUACGGACAACAAGAAGAAAGUUACCAAGGACAAGAUGGCGCCCGCGAUGUCCGUUUUCUCUGUAAAGACCUCGGUCUCUGGCCGAAAACGGACGCGCGAUGCGCAGGCCACUCCUCCUGAAGAAAAUGAAGACGAAAUUUUGGCGGACAAGCGGCGUCGCAACAACGCCGCGGCUGCCAAGUAUCGUCAGAAGAAGGUUGAUCGCAUCUCUGAGCUUGAAGAUUGCGUCGCCGAGAUUUCCAAGGAGCGGGAUGACCUCAAGUUGCAGCUUGCGAAGCGGGAUGAGGAGAUUCGGAUACUGCGGGAGAUGCUCAUGGGGAAGAAGUAGUUUGGUACUAUGUCUAGAUUUGAUCGACUAUUCAAACAGUGACUAAUUACUCUUGUUAUCAUCAUCAUGCUUCGUGGUGCCCCCUGUAUGCUUCAAAUUGCAUGAUUCUACUGGCAAUCAGUAUCGCACAAGGUGAUAGUUUGAUUCUUUGGUCGUCAAGUUCGGAGAUCAUGACUGAGUUGGAGUCAGUUGUGAGUUUUGUUGUCUUCUUUAGAGUGUGUUUUCUUUAGCGUUUGUGCUGGCCCCUCUGUAUUGCCAGUCUUUGCAACGAAAACGAAAGUGUUUUGUUUGUAUACCAGCUUUUCUUUCCUCAUCGGCAUAACCACCGACGGC